GUCUCGGGGACUCCAUGCGGGGGCCAUGGACAGGGCGGCGCUCCUGGGACUGGCCCGCCUGUGCGCGCUGUGGGCAGCCCUGCUCGUGCUGUUCCCCUACGGAGCCCAAGGAAACUGGAUGUGGUUGGGCAUUGCCUCCUUCGGGGUUCCAGAGAAGCUGGGCUGCGCCAAUUUACCGCUGAACAGCCGCCAGAAGGAGCUGUGCAAGAGGAAGCCGUACCUGCUGCCGAGCAUCGGAGAGGGCGCCCGGCUGGGCAUUCAGGAGUGCAGGAGUCAGUUCAGACACGAGAGAUGGAACUGCAUGAUCACCGCUGCCGCCACCACUGCCCCGAUGGGCGCCAGCCCCCUCUUUGGCUACGAGCUGAGCAGCGGCACCAAAGAGACAGCAUUUAUUUAUGCUGUUAUGGCUGCAGGCCUGGUGCAUUCUGUGACCAGGUCAUGCAGUGCAGGCAACAUGACAGAGUGUUCCUGUGACACCACCUUGCAGAACGGCGGCUCAGCAAGUGAAGGAUGGCACUGGGGGGGCUGCUCCGAUGAUGUCCAGUAUGGCAUGCGGUUCAGCAGAAAGUUCCUAGAUUUCCUCAGAAACACCACGGGCAAAGAAAACAAAGUACUAUUAGCAAUGAACCUACAUAACAAUGAAGCUGGAAGGCAGGCUGUCGCCAAGUUGAUGUCAGUAGACUGCCGCUGCCACGGAGUUUCCGGCUCCUGUGCUGUGAAAACAUGCUGGAAAACCAUGUCUUCUUUUGAAAAGAUUGGCCAUUUGUUGAAGGAUAAAUAUGAAAACAGUAUCCAAAUAUCAGACAAAAUAAAGAGGAAAAUGCGCAGGAGAGAAAAAGAUCAGAGGAAAAUACCAAUCCACAAGGAUGAUCUGCUCUAUGUUAAUAAGUCUCCCAACUACUGUGUAGAAGAUAAGAAACUGGGAAUCCCAGGGACACAAGGCAGAGAAUGCAACCGUACAUCAGAGGGUGCAGAUGGCUGCAACCUCCUCUGCUGUGGCCGAGGUUACAACACCCACGUGGUCCGGCACGUGGAGAGGUGUGAGUGUAAGUUCAUCUGGUGCUGCUAUGUCCGUUGCAGGAGGUGUGAAAGCAUGACUGAUGUCCACACUUGCAAGUAA